UUACUACAUAUAUAAACGCCCGAAAUACCUCUACUUCGUGCAUUAACUAUUUACGUUUAGGGCCUAUUUUAGUAUUAAUAUUUGAUUUACAUAUUAAUUUGAAAAUGUUGCCAUUUAUUUGGUUUUUGGCAGUCGUAUAUAGUGUUAAUUGUGCUUCAGCGCCGUUCAUAAAACCAUGUAAGAGCUCUGACACUGAUUGUUUGAUUGCGUCUGCGCAAGCGGCCGUGCCGAUAGUGGCCGCUGGUAUACCUGAACUGGGAGUCAGGUCCCUGGACCCGAUGAAGAUUCCCGUUGUAAAAAGUAAUACAGCAGGCCUGGAAGUCACAUUUUCUGACAAUGUUGUGACUGGAUUGAAGGGGUGCAAGAUUGAGUCUCUCAAAAACGACCUCACCAAAAAUAAGCAAGUCGUAAUUAUGCGAUGCAGUACAGAAUGGCGAGGUAACUACAAGAUGGACGGACAGAUGAUAGUGUUACCGGUCAAAGGGGAGGGUAAAUGUGUUAUGACAGUCCAGGAUAUUGUUAUUAAAACAACUAUUGAUCUGACAACGGUGCAAGGAGAUGACGGGAAACCGCAUUGGCAUAUCAAUAAAUGGAAACAUGCGUACGAUGUCAAGACCAAUGCGAAAUUCCAAUUCGAUAAUUUAUUCAAUGGCAACAAAAUCCUUGGCGAUCCAGUGUUGAAUUUCAUGAAUUCCAAUUGGCAAGUGGUGAUGAAAGAAAUGGCUGGCCCAUCUAUCUACGCUACAUCGGAAGCUGUAGUCGAAGCAGUUGAAGCUAUCUACAAGGCAGUUCCAGCUGAGGAACUGUUUAUUAGUUAAUGCGUUCCAAACGAAGGGAUUGCUAAUUCUUAUCUAAAUAAUAUUUACCAAUUUGUAACUUGUAUUUACUCGUAUAUGCUAUGAGAUACAUCUAUAUGUUUUUUAAGGAUAGCAGGCAAAGUGUAAAGGAUUAGAAUUCCCGUGCUUAUGUGAUGUUUUGUUUGGUUUUCUUGUUGAUAUAAUAUAACUACUUUUGCUCAAUUAAGUACAGUCUUUGUUAACGUUCUUCGUCUUUAUUAAAGAUUGUUUUGUAAUAACACAAAUUUAAUUAAUUAACUAAUAAAUACUAUUCAAAAUUUAA